GUCAGUUAUUACCUGAUCCGCAGACUCGACAAUGAAACUGUUCCUGCUGGCUUCUCUGGUGGUGCUGGCGGCCGCCCGGCCCCAGGACCUGGAGCCCCAGUACAAGACGCUCGAGGAUGCCGGCAUCCUGCGCAUGGAGUCAACCAUGAACGAGGACGGCUCGUUCCAGUACGGCUUCGAGACCACCGACCCGAUCCAGCAGGACGUGGCAGGACAACCCAAACAAAUCGGAGAGGAAAUCGCUGUCGUCAUGCAGGGAUCGUACAGCUUCCAGACUCCUGAGGGUCAGACCAUCACCAUCAACUGGGUGGCCGACGAGAAGGGCUUCCAGCCGCAGGGCGACGCCAUCCCGGUGGCUCCUGAGGAUCCGAACGCCGCCGCGCAGGCCGCCGCUUUCGGCGCUCUGACACCUAUCGAGCCAGUCGUUCUGGCCUCGCCCGGGGCACCCUCGUCCCUGAUCUAAUCUGAAAUAAGACCGUCAUCAUAGGCCUUUGGGCAGGCUCAGUUUCCCGUAUGGUAAAGCUGUUCCAAAAGGCAACUAUCAUCUUCGUGCACAUGUGGUCCGCAAGAACAGAGUAGGCUGCGGAGUGGAUUUUAUGUACAAUACAUGUUUGCAUGCAU